AUGUCUUUUUUGGACAAACAAACGGCAGAGUUCAAAUCACAGGUCGCUUCUCAACCAGUAUUUCCACGUGCAAAAAUAUCAACCGCGGUAUCUUCGUCCUCUUCUUUUGGAGGCGUACCAACAAAAAGAGCUAGGGUAGAGGAUGUAUCUGGUGUUAGCGCUGGGGGAUCCAAGAAAAAGAGAACAGCUCAACCAGUAUAUGCGCCCACCCCAACAGCCACUAGCGUGCCAAAACAUACCAAUAGUAAGUUGCAUAGUGUCAUAAAUUUCCUAAAGGAACAUGUCGAUGAACCGCAAACAUAUGACGACUUCAGAGCGGCAAGCAUCGAUGUUGAGCAAGAUUCAGAACUGUUAAGACUUAUGCAGAAGAGUGAAAAAAUACUAUAUAAUCCGAAAAACCGCACAUUUCAAUACAAGCCCGAAUUUCAAAUUCGUGAUAAGGAGGAUUUGGUUAAAUUGUUAUAUGAAAGAAAAGAUUCUAAACCGUGUGGAUUACAGUUCAAAGAUUUGGCUGAUUCUUACAUCGAUCUUAAAAAGGCAAUAGACGAACUCGAAACGGAAAAACGGAUUCUGGUCAUACGGUCAGUGAAAGAUAACGCACCGCGCAUCAUAUUCUGGAAUUCUACUGAAGAAGACACACCAAUGGACAAAGAAUUUGUCGAUAUAUUCCACAAAGUUAAAGUUCCUGAUGUUCAAGUUGACUUGCCGAAGGAGCUACAGAAAGCUGGUCUACAAAAAAUGGAAGUUUAUGAAAACAAAACCAAAAAUGAGAACAAGCAAAAGCAACGAAAGAAGAAACAGGUGAAUCGAAAGAUCAAAAUUCACAACACUCACGUAGCUAUUGAUCUUACCAAAGAUUACGUUCCCCAUCACAGUUAA